CUCAGCAAUGUCUCGAUGGAACAUGCUCUAACCCCCAUCUCUUGUCUUAUCAGUUUGUACCCUCCCAUAACCUCCGACCCCAUUCGGCAGGAGUAUAAGCGGGAGUUUGACAAUGACCAUCGGGAAUAUAAACAGCUUUGUGCUGAAAUGGAUGAAAUUAACAAUCAGAUCAAUUUCCUGAGCAAGCGGUUGGACGUCUUGACUGAGGAUGACCCCAGCUAUGAGGGAGUUGCUGAGGAAUACAACAGAUUAAAAGACUACAAGAAGACGUCCGAGUAUCAGAGUAAACGACUGCAGAGCAAGCGCCUGAAGAGGAAGCUGUCCCACAUUAAGAGGAUGGUCAGCGAGUAUGACCGCCAGCGAGAUUGAGAUUCAGAGAGGACACAUCAUUCUUCAACCCUUUCUGUCUUUUCUCCUUCUCCAAUCUCCCAACCCCUAUCCACAGCCUACAAUGUGAAAACUCGGAAAAUCCUGCACAGCUUGGUGUAUAUUCCAAACUCCCACCAGAUACUGUUGGGGGAAAAUGAUCAGGACUGGGAUGUGACAGUAUUCACAGUGAGACAGAGCCAACACCAAACCUGCAGCAGGGGAAGGCUGAUUAACACUGACUCCACUCCUACAUCUUGUUUCUAGACAGCUUUGCUCUGAGUGGCUGAGAAUCUAUAAUCUAUAUCCAAUACCUGGUCAAUCAAAGAACUGGCAGUUGACAUAAGACUGAAAGGAAACAUGAGAGGAGCCUCCGACAGCUUUAGCCAGAGUGUUCAAUCCAAUGGAAGAAACAGCACAUGGGCCAUUCAAUCCUUGCUAUGCAACAAGCAUCAAAAGAUUAAUAUGUUACAUCUCUCCCCAUCUGCACAACAACAGUAUGCAUUUAUAUAGUGCCUUUAACAUCAUAAACUGUCUUUGGUGGCUUCAUGGUGGAGUUGCCAGACCACAGAAGGAGAUAUUUAAGAAGGGGGACGAAAAGCUCAGUCAAAGGGAGAGUUUUUAUGAGUUUUGUUUUUAAAGGUGGAGAGAGAGAGAGAGAGAGAGAGCAGAAAUUUUAGGACUGGCAUUGCAGAGCAUUGGCCCAGAGCAAUGAAUCCUGGCCAUGGAUGGGGAAGUGGUGGGAUUUGGGGAUUGUCAGGGAACCAGAAUUAAAGCAGUGAGAAACCUCAAAGGAUUGUUGUGUUGGUGAGGUCAGGACGGAAUUCAGAAAUUAGUGAGACGUUUCAAUUCAAAUCAUUGUUGGAGAAGGAGUCAGUGAAUGUCAGAGAGCAUGUAUAAUGGGUGAACUGGACAUGCUGUUAAAGGUUAAAGUCAUGAGCUCAGGUUUAUACAGGGUGGAAGAUGGAUAUAUAGGAUAAUAGGGUAGGGGGGGAAUGGGUCAGGAUAGGUUACCCUUCAGAAGAUUGGUAUGGAUGAGUUGGGCCAAAGGGCCUGUUUCCACACUGUAGAGAUUCUAUGGGAGAAUUGGAACAGUUAUAUCUAAAGGUGACAGGAGGUAGAAACAAUUGCAUCAGCAGGAGAUGAGCUAAGAAAUGUUGAAUGUAAGCGAUGUGGUGGAAGUUUUGACAAUGGAGAUUACCUGGAGAGGGGACAAUGUGGAUGGUCUCCUAGCAGGUGUCAUUCAGAUGUGGAAGUUCUGAACGUCCUGACUUAACCACAGACAGACAGUAUGGAAAGGGAUGGAAUCAGAGGAGAGGGAAUGGAGUUUACAACGGGGACCAAGAACCAUAGCUUUGGUUUUCCCAGUUGAAUAGAUGAGUGGUCCAUUCCCCAGUGGUCAGGCCAAAGAGUUCCUGUAGAAGCUGAACCCAGAUGAAUCUAUGUAGAUUGUGGACAGAAUGAUACCUGACUUGCACUAGAGUAUCAUGAUUGUCCAUGUUGGAAGCUGUUCCCUGAAUCUUUACAAUCAGAAUAAUUCCAUCGAUCUCUCACCAGAACUUUACUGCCAAUGAUAUGGGACAAUUAUGUUGCAUAGUUUUUAUUGAUUCUCCAGCUUUUAUUUGCUCUUGUAUUAUUUGCAUUGCAAUAAGUAACAAAAGCUAGAAUUUUAGAAAUAAUUAUAAAUUUAAUUCAAUAAUUGAAUUGCAUUGAGCUAGAAUAAGGCCACCUUGGAGCAAAGACAAGUCAGUCCUUUCUCUGUUUUUAUAUAUACACUCACUGACUAAUUCUGUAUAAAUCCCGUGGAGUCUAAGCGGUUGGAAAGGGCAGUUCUUAGAUUGUCUUAUUGGUAAUAAAUCCCAAAUCGAAACACUCCGAUCAUUUUGUGUUAGCAGAUGAGCUAAGGAAUUAAUGGGAACAGGAGAUUAAAUUACAUACAUUUCUCCUAAAAUUCCAUGAUAAUAGUUUGGAAAAUGUGGCCACUACCUAAUGAUUGAUGGACAUAAGCCAUUCACUACAUUUAGACUAAGUGACAGGCUUUCUGUGGGGUUUUGCAUUGGGAUAUGUUACAGAACAGAAAGAAUCCUGAGCUCUGUAAAGGCUUUUUUUAUGAACAGGGCUAGCAACAAUAUGUCUCCUUAAUCAAUCUGACUGAAGAAUUGUUAAUGAACUGAACAGAGAUUGAACCAGGAAGUGUCUGGUAAAUUAUUAAAAUCUAAUGCCAUCAUCCGUUCUGGAAAGUGAAAUAAAUAGAGGAAAAGAAAAGUAGAACUAAGAGACUGAGGCAGAAAAAGAUUUUAUUUCAAAACAUUUUCUUAAAAUCACCAAAAAUGAUCUAAAUCUGAAGGAAUGAGACUUCACAUGUAAAAGUUAGAUUUCUCUUUAACAGUAGACAGCACAGAUCCUCUUAACCGUUUCCCUGUACAGAAUAUGACCCAAUUUUCAGAUGUUAGCCCAUUUUAAUGCUCAGUUCCAUAUUUGCUGUGUUGUGAGUUUAAGACUCAAGAACACUCAAAGACAUGUCCAAUGAUUUAUUGCAAUGCUUUGAUUAUCUACAACAUUUGUACAGCAAACACUCCCAAUUAUUGUAAAGUCAUGUUUUAAUCCAUUUCUGCAUAUUAUGAAAUUCUUAAGUCUUUUGUAUUUUUGAAUGAAUUGUAUCAUAAAUGUUUUAACACUAAUCUCA